AUGAAGUUUCUACAAGCUCAGAUAGCUCAAAAGAGGGUUCAAAUACAGCAAGGAAUGCAAAGAACAAGUGUAGCACCAGUUGUGGACUUGUCAGCCCGCAACAGGGCCCCAAUCAACAUGCGUCGAAUCCAGCCUGUGCGCGCCCUUCCGAUAACGGACUGCGCUCCUCCAUCAUUUUUGCCCAAAGGGGCAGUCGACGACAGUGUAGGUUCCACAUUCAUUCAAGACUUAAUCUGCUUGAUCGCUGAGUGUAAAAGCGUGACACAGAAGAGAAGUGCUCACCGAAUUCAGGUCAAUCUCUUUGGUGAAUACAUUGUCAAGAAUGAGUAUCAACCAGCGGUCCCAAAUGAGUACAUCGUAUGCAAGCGAAAGGCUGAGGAACGAGAAGCACGUGAAAGGCAUGCCAGAGAAGUGGCGGAAAGGCUGAGCCGUGACCACAAGGAGGAAGCGAGAAAGAGGCAGAAGGGUGCUGCUAUCGCUCCACCACAAGCGCUCCUCGAACCACCAUCCCCUCCAAAAGAGUCGAAUUCACCGCCAAAUUCGAUGCCGCCUCCAGCAUUCUUACCGUCCUUUGGCAAGGCUACUUCCAAAGGCCUUGGUGUUGCUGCCAACAUUAUGAGCAAAUUUGGCUAUAAACAUGGCGGCGGACUCGGACGUGAUGAGCAAGGAAUGAGCACAGCUCUCUCUGAGUCGAAUUCACCGCCAAAUUCGAUGCCGCCUCCAGCAUUCUUACCAUCCUUUGGCAAGGCUACUUCCAAAGGCCUUGGUGUUGCUGCCAACAUUAUGAGCAAAUUUGGCUAUAAACAUGGCGGCGGACUCGGACGUGAUGAGCAAGGAAUGAGCACAGCUCUCUCUGUUGAAAAACUAGGGAAGAACGCGGGACUUAUCAUCAACGAGAGUCAAGGAAAUGCUCCCGCUCAACCGUGUGCUCCAAUGGGUGUUGCACCAAUCAACAUGACACAAGCUAUGAAGAGUUCCACCAAAGUUCUGAUGCUAACGAAUAUGGUUGGUCCUGACGAAGUCGACGACGAGCUUGAGCCUGAAAUUCGCGAAGAGAUGGCCAAGUAUGGUCAGGUGGCGUCCGUAGUUAUCCAUAAGCUGGAAGGUGUUAGUGACGACGUCGCCGUACGAAUAUUCGUAGAGUUUACGAAUGUUGCACAAGCCAUCAAGGCCUUUGUGGUGAUGAAUGGUCGAUUUUUCGGAGGUCGAUCGGUGGCUGCUUCGUUCUACUCCGUCGAUGAUUUUAAUAAUAAGGAGUAUGGACGAUAG